CUAAAGCUUCCUUCCAUCAUCUCUUCCGAAGGAGAACUAAGCAUCACUUCUCUCUAUCAGCCCUCCUGCUGCCUCUCUUGGUCUCGGAGCAUCCACAGGCUGAAAGACUGUUUCAUCUUUUCUUUUUUUUUUUUUAUUACACAGCGCUUCCCACACUCACUGCAGCACUCUUUUGACGGCUUGGCUUCGGUUCUGACAAGGGCUGAGAGCACGGAAAGACGAGACUCAAGUCCACUUCUGCUGCAGAACUCCCCUCCGCGCACGUUUCCAAGAUGAGCGAGCUGGCAUCCACUAACUCUGCUAACAGCAGCCAGACGACUGCAGCUGACAACAAAGAGAAGGCAACGGCGGCGAAGCCUCAGGAACAGGAGGAGGAGAUCGAUAUCGACCUGGAAGCGCCGGAGACGGAGAAGGCAGCGCUCGCCAUCCAGAACCAGUUCAGACGUUUCCAGAAGAAAAAGAAGGAGGCAUCUGCCAAUCAGGAAGCUCUACAGGGCCCCAUCCCACAACCCACCAAUCUUCUUGUAUUGCCUCAUCACUUCUUCUACCAUGAUCAAUGCUUUAUUUAUUGCUGGUUUAUUAAAUGAUGUUUCUAUAAUUUAUGUGAAUACCUACAUUGUUGUGAACCUCUCUGACUUGUUUUGUUGUGUUUCUGAUGUGACGGCAUGAGAAAUCCAUAUUUGUAUGUUUUAGGCUAUGAAUUCCCUCUUGUGUAUUUUGACAUUUCAAUCUAUGUGUUGUUGGAUUUUCAGAAAUGGUGGCUAAGGUGAGAAUGCACAAAAACAC